GGGAGGCUUGGCCGCGGAAGGAAGGCGCCCUGCCAUGUUCAGCCGGAGCUCCCGGAAAAGGCUUUCCAGCAGAUCCUUGUCUGGACUGGGUGAGCCUGAAAGAGGACAGCCUUGCAAUGCCUGCGGUGACCAGUGCCCUGGGUUUGCUCUGCAUAAAUGGAGGAAGAUCUGUCUACAUUGCAAGUGUCCCCAGGAAGAGCACGUCGUGACGGUGAUGCCGUUGGAAAUGGAGAAGACGGUUAGCAAGCUCAUGUUUGACUUCCAGAGGAACUCGACCUCAGAUGAUGACUCAGGCUGUGCCUUGGAGGAGUAUGCCUGGGUCCCACCAGGGCUGAAGCCCGAACAGGUUCACCAGUAUUAUAGCUGUCUCCCAGAAGAGAAGGUACCCUAUGUCAAUAGUCCUGGAGAAAAGCUGAGGAUCAAGCAGCUCUUGCAUCAGCUGCCUCCACACGACAAUGAGGUUCGAUAUUGUAAUUCCCUGGACGAGGAGGAGAAGAGGGAGCUUAAGCUCUUCAGCAGCCAAAGAAAACGGGAGAAUCUGGGCAGAGGAAAUGUCAGGCCGUUUCCCGUCACUAUGACAGGCGCCAUUUGUGAACAGUGUGGAGGCCAGAUUAAUGGAGGUGACAUUGCUGUGUUUGCAUCGAGAGCUGGGCAUGGGGUGUGUUGGCACCCCUCAUGUUUCAUGUGCACGGUUUGUAACGAGCUCCUGGUGGACCUGAUCUAUUUCUACCAAGAUGGGAAGAUGUACUGUGGCAGGCACCAUGCUGAAUGCCUGAAACCUCGCUGCGCAGCCUGUGAUGAGAUCAUCUUCGCGGACGAAUGCACAGAGGCUGAGGGCCGGCACUGGCACAUGAAGCAUUUCUGCUGUUUUGAGUGUGAAGCGGUGCUGGGUGGUCAGCGCUACAUCAUGAAGGAGGGGAGACCUUAUUGCUGCCGCUGCUUCGAAUCCUUGUACGCGGAGUACUGUGACGCCUGUGCCCAGCACAUAGGUAUUGACCAAGGUCAGAUGACCUACGAUGGCCAGCACUGGCAUGCCACUGAAACCUGCUUCUGCUGUGCUCACUGCAAGAAAUCUCUCCUGGGGCGUCCCUUCCUGCCAAAGCAAGGCCAGAUCUUCUGCUCACGUGCCUGUAGCGCAGGGGAGGAUCCCAACGGCUCUGACUCAUCAGAUUCUGCCUUUCAGAACGCCCGGGCCAAGGAGUCCCGGCGCAGUGCCAAAAUCGGUAAGAACAAAGGCAAGGCGGAGGAGUCCCUGUUGAAUCCGUGUGGCCAGCUGCAGGUGACCUCCAACCGGCUCUCGGCCGACGUGGACCCCCUGUCCCUGCAGAUGGAUCUGCUCAGCCUGUCGAGCCAGACGCCCAGCCUCAACAGGGAGCACGUCUGGCGGAGCCGAGACGAGCUGUACCACUAUGGGAAUAAGAUGGAGCAGAGCCCGUCCCAGAGCCCCAUGCAGCUCCUUAGCCAGUGCAACAUGAGAACUUCCUAUAACCCCGCACAGGUGGUGGCGGCGGCGCAGCCCGACAUGUGGGGAAAGCAUUUCAGCAAUCCCAAAAGGAGCUCAUCCCUGGCCAUGAAGGGACACAGCGGCAGCUUCAUGAAGGAAUGUCGGGAGGACUAUUACCCGGCCAGGCUGCGCUCCCAAGAGAGCUAUAGCGAUAUGUCCAAUCAGAGCUUUAGUGAAACCCGAGGAAAUAUCAAAGUCCCCAAAUAUGAGGAGGAGGAAGAGGAAGGAGGCAUGUCCUCCCAGCCCUGCCGCACCCGCCAUCCGCUCAGUGCAAUGAAGUAUACGGAGGAUCUCACGCCUACAGAGCAAACCCCCCGGGGCUCCAUGGAAUCGCUGGCACUGUCCAACGCAACAGGCCUCUCGGCGGACGGUGGCGCCAAGCGACAGGAGCAUCUUUCCCGAUUUUCGAUGCCUGAUCUGAGCAAAGACUCGGGGAUGAACGUCUCAGAGAAACUAAGCAACGUGGGGACCCUCAACUCCUCCAUGCAGUUUCGCAGCGCAGAGUCAGUCCGCAGCCUGCUGUCUGCCCAGCAGUACCAGGACAUGGAGAGCAACCUUCACCAGCUGUCUACCCCCAUCAGAUACAGGGACCUGCAGUCUCGGGGAAGGAUGCACCAGAGCUUUGACCUCGACGGGGGCAUAUCCAGCGGUAAGCUGCCGGGCCAGGACGGAGCCAGGAUCCAGCCCAUGAGCGAACGUACCCGCCGGCGGGCAAGCCCCCGGGAUGAUGCCCGCCGCUUUCGGCCCCACCGCUCUCGGCGCUCCCGGAGAUCUCGUUCUGACAACGCCCUCCAUCUGGCCAGUGAGAGGGAAGCCAUCUGCCGGUUGAAAGAACGGCCCCCGCUGAGAGCCCGGGAGGACUAUGACCAGUUCAUGCAUCAGAGGAGCUACAGGGAGAGCCUGGAGCAGGGGGGGUCCCGCCGGGACCUCUAUGGGCAGUGCCCGCGGACUGUCUCCGACCUGGCUUUGCAGAACGCCUUUGGGGAACGCUGGGGACCCUACUUUGCCGAAUACGACUGGUGCUCCACCUGCUCCUCCUCUUCCGAGUCCGACAACGAGGGCUAUUUCCUGGGGGAGCCUAUCCCCCAGCCGGCCCGUCUCCGGUACGUCACCAGUGAAGAGCUGCUGCACAAGUACGGCUCCUACGGCACCCCCAAAUCCUCCACCUUGGGGGGCAGAGGACAGCUGCACAGCCGGAAAAGGCAGAAGAGUAAAAACUGCGUCAUAUCCUAAUGUCCGUCCCGCGGCAGGCGGAGCCGAGAAUGUAAAUCCACACACUUGCACUGUUUUCGGAUUUAAAGCGCUUUGACCUUGUUUGUCACUAAAGGCCCCGACGGCCGAGACGGAGGCAAGGUUAGGGAUCGGCUUCUAGAGGCAGGCGCGGUUCUUGGCGUGGUGGAUUUUUUUUUUUUUUUUUGCACAUCUCACUUUGGAAACACUUUGGACUCUCCCUUUGUCUGAGUGGUUGUGUUUCUCUCUCUCCAGUUCUGUGUUCAGUUACCACACUUUAGCAAAUUAUUUACUCUCUGCUUCUCUUACUAUCUCAUUUUUCAGGACUCUUUUUUUUUUCCAGUAAGUGAUUUGUUUAUCAGCCAGUACCCAAGACUAAGUUAUUUACACGUCCAUUGUAAAUGCAAUGUAAAUGAGAGUUCUGAUAAAAAAUAUUUUUGUAUUUUGUAAUAUCAGAGGAAUUUCUAUAUCGUAGGACUCGGUGGGAAAUUGCAUGAACAGCCAGCAUUGUCAAGUAGAAUUAAAAGAUGGUUUCAGGCCAUCGGGUUUUUUCUUUCCCUUUUUAGAUUUCUAUAUAAAAUUUGUUAUAUAUCAGUGAGACUUUUUUUUCAAAGGAGUAUAUACAUAUAUUGUGUGUGUAUAUAUGCACAUACACACAAACAUACAGUUUGACUCUCUGUGGCUGGAAAAUAAAAACAGCAAAAACAACAUAGAAACACGAAGCAUCUAAAGCUUUGUUCCAUCUAAAGGAGUCUACAGGGUUUAUUUACUGAAGUCUGCUCACACCCUCAGUAGAAGCUGCUUUCUAUCCAGCAAUAGUCAUUUUUGAAAAUUGCAAUUGUAACUUUCACCAAUUUGAGAAGCUAGCCAGUGUCAGUGAAGUCCAAUGAGAAAAGCCAUCUCCAUUGGGGACAUUGAGGUUGCUUCACAUUGAUCUGUUCCUUGGGGAAUUUUUUUUUUAAAGUGUCCGUGGUUCCAUUGUGUGGUGUCUGCAUGGCCCUGUUCUGAGUGUGGUGCUGUUGUUUUCCUGGAUUAUGUUAUCUGCUUUCCUUGACUAAGGCAGACGGAGGACUGCCAUCAUAGAUAGACAACCCAGUAGCCUUAAAGCAAAUGAAUUAUAUAACUUUGGGAGCUCAAGUCAAAAGGAAGUUCUAGCAGAUGGGACAGAGUUUGAGGUGAUUUGUUCUCUCUGGGUUGUUCAUCAAAGGGCAAAAUCGUAAACAGGGAGCAGAUCAAAGAUAGAAAUUUUAUGGAGGUUAGUUAGCGAGAACAGAAGAAGAGGCAAGUGUUUGCCAGCUAACUGAGAUUCUAUUGGGAGUAUUGCUUCCUUUGUCUCUCCCUGGUUUCGAUGAGGAAAUUUAAGGGUACCUCUCAGAAAAAAGUGCCCAGUUUAGGAAAUCUUCAGUAGUCAAGGUAUCUGACUCACCUCAACAGGCCAAGAUAACUGGCAUUAGUAAAGAAAGCCUGUUAAUCCCAUUGGCUAUAAAAGGAGAAACUACUGAGAAGGAAGAUUUCCAACUGGAUGGUUGGGUCAAAUGGCAAGGAGUCUGCAUUUACUUAAAGAAGAUAUUUGGGCUUGCGUUGUCUACCUUAAUGCUAAUUUUCCUACUUUGAUUCUAUUAAAAAAAAAAAAAAACAAACCACGGAGAAGCACCUACAUUGCUUCUACUCCUUUCUCAUCCUUCAUUGAUUAUGGCAGUUAAGAUAAUCCAACAGAGAACUGACAUUGAGACCUACAUUUAAGUGUGUUACACUUUGUAUCUCAUUGGUAACUGGCCUUGGUGGGGAGCACGUGAUGAUUUUCCAGUAUAGUACAUGCGUUUUCUUAGUAUUUUUCUUUUUAUUAAGAGGAAGUGAUAAGCAGAUUUUCAGAUCCCAUCCUAAAUGGGUCUGGGGGAAGGAAGGCUUUAAAGGAAUUAUAUAUAUAUAUAUAUGGCACUCAAUGCAGGAUAUAUGAAAAUAAUUUGCUUUUCAGGUAUAAAUAGAACAUUUGUCAUUGUCACUGAUUUAAAAAAAAAAAAGCAAUGCAGA